CCUACUCUUUUUCUCUACCUCAUCGUAAAGACAUUUCAGGGACAGAAAAAUUAUAAAUAGCUGUGGUUCCAGAUAAAGAAACAAUCGCCUCUCUGCUAAAUACACCUGUUGCUGGACUUUUUGUUUUUUGGGAUUCAGUCAAUUUAAUGAACAUGCCUGGUUUUACGCACUCAGCCUUUGCUUUUGGGCACGAGGCAGGGAUUGAUAAAAGCAGAAUUGAUGGUAAUUUAGUUCCGCCAGGCGCUCUUGUAACAUUUAUACAGAAAGGAAUUCAAUAUAUUGAGCUGGAGGCAAACUUGAGUGGUGUAUAUCCAGAGUGAUGCGGACACAGAUGAGGAUUUCUCAUUUCUACAACCUCUUGACCUUAUUACAAAGGAUCCUAAUGAACUGCACAAUAUGGUUAGAGCCAAAAGGGAAAACCUACGUCAACACAAGUUUGAAGCAAAUAAAAAGGUGAACGAUUUCAGUCAAGACACUGCAAGGGAACAAGCUCGGGAAAUGGACAAAGAGAGCAAGGAAAGGGAAAAUGAACAUGAAAUUGAUGAAACACGGCUAGAUAAAGAAACAGAACAAGAAAAGGGUGAACAUAAAGAAAUACAGCAUUCAGAUCAAAAUGGUGCAGAGAAGGACGAAGAUAAAAUUACAGAUGAAAAUAUAGAAAAUGGAGCAUGUGAAGGACCUGAGCCAAUGGAGAUUUCCCAAAGCCCCACGUUUUUGCCUAGCGAAAUUCCAACUUGUGAAAUAAAAGUUUUGGAAGGUCAUACCUCUGAGGUUUUUGCUUGUGCAUGGAAUCCAUCAGGCUCACUUCUUGCAUCUGGAUCUGGAGAUUCAACAGCUCGGAUUUGGAAAAUUACAGAAGGACAUAUUAACACUAGCAUACAAACUGAACAGAUAAAUGUUGUGGUGCUAAGGCACUUUAAAGGAAGAACUAGUGAGAAAAGCAAGGAUGUGACAACGCUUGACUGGAAUGGGGAUGGCACAUUACUGGCAACUGGUUCAUACGAUGGUCAAGCAAGAAUAUGGAGUAGAGACGGAGACUUGAAGAGCACAUUAAACAAGCAUAAAGGUCCAAUCUUCUCUUUGAAAUGGAAUAAGAAGGGGGAUUAUCUUCUUAGUGGCAGCGUUGAUAAAACUGCUAUUGUAUGGGAUAUAAAGACUGGGGAAUGGAAACAACAAUUUGAAUUUCACUCUGCACCUACUCUUGACGUAGAUUGGCGAAACAAUGUUUCGUUUGCAACUUGUUCGACAGAUAACAUGAUAUAUGUAUGCAAAAUUGGAGAGAAUCGGCCAAUCAAAACUUUCUCAGGGCAUCAAGGUGAAGUUAAUGCUAUCAAAUGGGAUCCAACAGGCUCUUUUCUGGCUUCUUGCUCAGAUGAUCACACUGCCAAAAUUUGGAGUCUGAAGCAGGACAAGCAUUUGCAUGAUUUGAAGGAACAUGUUAAGGAGAUAUAUACCAUUCGGUGGAGUCCUACUGGCCCCUGUACAAGCAACCCCAAUCAGCCAUCGGUUCUAGCAAGCGCCUCCUUCGACUCUACAAUAAAGUUGUGGGAUGUGGAUCUAGGAAAAGUACUUUGCAGCUUAAAUGGUCAUAGGGAUCCUGUAUAUUCCAUUGCAUUCAGCCCAAAUGGUGAGUAUCUGGCGAGUGGCUCCAUGGAUAAAUGCAUGCAUAUAUGGUCUGUGAAGGAGGGGAAAAUUGUGAAAACAUACACUGGAAAUGGUGGGAUCUUUGAAGUUAGUUGGGACAGAGAUGGUGAUAAAGUUGCUGCUUGUUUUUCAAACAAUAUUGUUUGUGUUAUGGAUUUCCGAAUGUAGUGCCUGGAUAUUUACCAUUUGAUUAUUAUUACUUACUGUUUCUCCA